AUGCUGACGCAGCAGCAGGUCCGUCAGAUGGAGCAUCCGGCCCUGAUACAGAGGCGGGAGGAGCUGGUGGCGGAGUAUAUCGCACUGGAGCACGCGCUGAUGCUCUGGGCCGUGCGGGAGGCGCUGGAGGUUCAAGACGAGCUGCCGUUUGCUGCAGCAGCAGCAGCAGAAGCUGCAGCAGCAGCAGCGCGGCGCCCCCCGGAGAGCCCUGGGGGCCCCGCAGAAGCAGCAGCAGAAGAGCAGCAGCGAAUUGCAGCACUUAAGAAAGCAGAAGAAGAAGCUGCAGCAAGCGGGGAGUGUCUCUACAGCACAAUGAUGGAAGAUCUCUUCUUCGUGCUGCAGGCUUCCGUCUCGAGGGCCCUCAGGUCUGGGGACAGCCUGGCGCUGUGCGCGCUGGUGAAUCAUGUUGCUGCUGCGCUGCGCUGCGAAGUGCUGGCAGCGCUGCGGCAGUGCCUGGAGAGCAGCAAGGGGCCCUACGUCUUCUUUGUCCAGGACGAACACAGACUCAGCUGCUACUCCAUAGUCAAGGCCCUGGAGGCCAAAGCUGAAGGAAAGCCGCUGCCGCAGAAGCUCA